GAAACUACGACGGAUACCCACUGUGGACACCAGUGCCACUGCGGAUACCUCACAAGCGUGCUGCCAUCUUCUUAGCUGCCCUCAAACCAUCCCUUCAUCAUACCGGGCUCACUACGAGCCACCUUCCCCGCGCCGGCCGCGUGCUUCCACGAUGACACGAGAUGCAAACACUCAAUGGCAUCGUAAUGCACAGCGAAUGCCAGGCUUGUACGCGACAGACAACUUCCAGCCACCUAUCCUGAGCCGAGAGUAUUCAUCCAUGUGGGAUGAUGUCGAGGUUCAGAACGAUUGGGCUAAUGCAGCCAGAGAGCAAGAGUACGCGUGUCAGCUGCAAGUCGAGUGUUCCCUUAAUUAUGAGCAACACGCUCGUAAGAACAAGAAACACAAACACGUCUUUAUGGACACUGAACGAGGGCGCUGCGCAUCUAUUGACAGAAAACGUACACAGCAUGAAUCUGUUGAUCGCGAACAAAGAGGUCGCGCGUCCAUUGACAGAAAGCGUGCACGGCAUAAAUCUGUCGAUCAUGAACGAAGGGGUCGUAUGUCUCUUGAUCGACCGCAAGAACGCCCUGGAUUUAUUUAUCACGAACAAGAGCGUCGCGCGUCUGUUGACCACGAGCGACAGCGUCGUGAAUCUGUCGAUGGCGAACAAGGGCGUCGUGCUUCUAUCGACAGGAGACACGAUCGCGAGUGCAACAUGUCGAUUGGACGUCAUGGCCAUUAUGGAUCUGUUUCUAGGACGUUUCCUCGUCCACCAGUUUGUGCUGUGUCCUUCAGGCCUCCUACCACAGGCCCCCAAUCCCGUCCUUGCACAUCUGAAUAUGUGAUGGUUCCCCGUCCACCAGUGUGUGCUGUCUCCUUGAAGCAUCCUACCACACCCCAAUUCCGCCAUCGCAAAUCUGAAUCUGCGACGGUUCCUCGUCCACCAGUGUGUGCCGUCCCCUUCGAACAUCCUACCACGGGUCCAAAAUCUCGCCACCGCAAUUCUGAUUCUGUGGCGUUUCCUCGUCCAUCAGUCUGCGCUGUCUCCUCUAAGCUUCCUACCACAGGUCCUCAAUCUCGACAUCCUCAUCGAUCUUCGUUCGACUACGCAACUAUUCACGAUCAUUCUGAUGAACGCCAGCAUCCCGUUUAUGUUUUGCCUCCAACUGCUCCAGCUCCACAGAUACAUCUACCUCCACAACGUAUCCGCACUGUCUCAAUGGAGGCGGUUCGUCGCCUUCCUUUCCGCAGCCCCGAGGUUUCUUCGUUUGAAAAGUCCAAGCCGUCUGGGCUAGCCCGCUUCAAUCCCUUCAACAAGCUGUGCUCGGCGACUUCGCAGAAGAUUCGCCGCAAAACUGUUGUCAGAGCAUGAUAUCCCUGGCACAUCCCUAUAUUCAUUGGUUUAGACUCAUAGACGUCUUCCUUAAGAUAGUACAUCCAUUAGAACAUAGAAAUAUACCCUAGAUAUCUUGUUAGAUUGUACUGUG